AUGUCUGACCGCUCUCAAUAUGAUAAACUCAAGAAAGAGCUCACCGAUUCCUUGGAAGAGCGUCAGAAGCAGGAACGUCGAUUGCAACAGCUGCAGCAGGAAAUAUUCGAUAAAGAGACUGAAUAUCUACAAGGAAAUAGCUCUAGCCAGCUGGGAAAUAUAGUCAAGGGAUUUGACGCUUUUGGGAAACACUCGCACGAAACUCCUAACGCUUUUACAGAUAAGGACAGAAUCUUUUCCUUGAGUAGUGCGCUGUUUGUGAAGCAGCAAGAGGGAGUCACUGAGGAAGAAUGA